UUCAGUCGCAUCGAGAGCUUUGGAGCGAUCGGAACCUCGGAAGUAAGUGAUAAGGAGAACAGAAGCCAUGGGCUGGAGGAUGCUGGUGCUGCUGAUGCUGCUGAUGCUGGUGGCCUGUGGACGAGCGGCGGGUAACCAGAACGUGAAGUGCUCCAUUAAGGUCUCCGAUUUGAGGGUCGGCGAAGUGAGCGAGGCAACCUGCACAUGUAUCAACGCCGAGAACGAGUCCUUGCAGAUUUACGUGGAAAAAGAGGGAACAUUUAAUGGAACCAGGAACGGCAACGUGCUGCUCUACAGGAGUACCAAACUCGAUCAGAAAUUCUAUCAAAGACACGAGUGCCUUGUGAAUGGUAACCUAUAUGCCAGUGCCUACGUCAACGUGUAUCCCCGACUGGAAGUGACGGACUUCCGGUGCAGCUACUGGGAUGUGGAGUACAGAUGCCAGUUUGCGCAGAUGGAGGAGCAUUUCUUCAAGGACGAGACCCACUACCAGCUGUCGCGGAACUCGGACAAGCCGGUCGAAUGCUCGAAGAACGAGAAGCGCCGCGUGCUGUGCCAAGUGCCCGCCAAUCGAGGCGAUGUUCCCGGCGGAACCUUCCACCUGCUCAUGAGCGACAAUUUGGGCAACCAGACUCAGCAGUUCCCGCUAAAGCAGACCGAUGUGGAGGUGCUGGAUUGGCCAGAGGGCAGAGAUGGAAGCCUAAAUUCCACGGACAAGGCGAAAGCUAACGAACCAACCUGCUAUUGGUGGAACGGUCCAGUUGCCCAUCGAACUGGCCGGAUGGUUGAGUGGAAUGUGAUGCUGCGGCACGAGGAUCCCCGCCUGUCCAGGAAUCUCACGGUGCACCAGAUGCGGAUCCACGCGAUGCAGGAGAAGAUUUGCUUUGCCAGCCCACCGGAAGGCAAUCAGCGGUUCCAUGUGAGUCUCAGGCGCCGCUUUGAGAUCCCGAACGCCCAGUGGUCGCUGAUCUGGAACCUCGAGAAAGAAUUGGAAACGGAAAUCAGCCUGCCCGCUCGCCCGCCCACAUUUCUGGCCAAUGGCUUCGCCUAUGAGCCCAAAAAGAAGGAGCUGAGGGUUCACUGGGAGCAGCUGAGGAACGUGGAGUUCAACGGACCCCAGCCAAAAUACCUGGUGACCAGCGACAAUGGCAAAGUGGAUAAGAUCUUCAAGAGUUCGGCGAUCAUCACGGAAUGGGAUGAGGAAAAACCAGGCACGGUGGAGGUGUGGAGCCAGAAUGUCAAGGGGAAAUCCGAGAACAGCAGCCGCUUGGAAGUGCCCGGACUGAGGGACGUCCAGGAGCGGCAGGUGACCCGGUAUAGAUACGACGAGAAAAGCUACAUCCUCACCUGGAACAAGCCGGAGAGGCAGGAGCAUCUGGAGGGCUACAUGGUCUAUUGGUGCCAGUUCUCCGUGGAGAUUGAGAACGAUUGCAAUGACAACGCCUCCAUAGCGUCGCAAUUCACCCGGUAUCCGGAGUUCAAUUUCACCAGCCGAACUUCGGGCGACUACUUCCGCCGCGGCGUGUCGACCAACUAUUCGGAUGGUCCGAGUGGAGGAAUCGCCUGGUUGCCGGGCAACCAGAACAGCCCCGAGGAGGAGUCCGCGUACCUGCGGUAUGUGGAGGGCAGCAUCGCUUUGGUGGUGGUGCUCCUGGUGAUCUUCCUCGUGGUCCGCAAGCUGCGCAAAAUGGCCGACAUUCGCGUGGAGCUGCCCGAUAUGAGCAACGAUAUGAUGAUGGUGAACUGUGUGGAUUUGGCAGCCGAGGAGCCCAAAUAUCCGGGCUCCAUACCUGCGGAAAAGUUCUAUGAACCGCCACUGAAGAGCGUCACCUUCGAGGAGCCCGACAUCGAGCUCCAGGCGAUGCCGAUCGAUCAGCCACGUCCACCCGCCGCCCCGUCGAAUCAAUAUGUCUGCAUGGCGGCUCCCAGCAGCGAUGGCUAUAUAAAGCCUCCUCCUGGACGAUGAUAUCUAUA